UGCGUAAAGUUGUCUAUCUAAGCGAUCAAAAACAACAGCUGCUUCGUGAGUUAUAGAGACGCUGAAAUACUAAGAACAGAAACGAAACGGUAUCAACACACCUCCUCCUCCACACUCAACAAACGGAUGCUGUUAGUGAGAUGAGAGAGAGAGAGAGAGAGAGCGCAUCUCAUUUCCCUCUCCGUUUUUUGUACAGAUAGUAAGUAGUAAGCUGUGUAAGUGACGCAUAUAAACGUGUAUAAGUAGUUCUGUGCAUUUAGAAUAAUUAGGCUAUUUACUUUCGCUUUAAGCAGUAUUUAUAAAGUAGCCUAAUGUAUAUACCGUAAAAAAAGUAACUUUUCUACCGAGGCACCAAACCGUCUCCGAGUCCAAAAAAAAUGCUUUGAGCUGAAGCGCAACAUCCGCCCGUUGCCAUCAUGAAGACAGGCUGCGGUGUCGACGUCUGACAACACGCUCUCUACCGUAUGCCGGGCCUUGAUUGGAUGGAAUAAUCACCUGUGACGUCAGGUGACCUCGAUUGAUCGCAGGAGGCGGAGCCUGGUGUCAACUCCGUGGAGAACACAGAGAGGACUACAACAUCUCCCUAAAGAACUACAACCCCCACAGAGAGUAUCACAGAGUAGGUGACCACAACCCGCUGAUCCUAACCCUCCUCUACUUCAGGACUACAACGUCUCCCUAAAGAACUACAACCCCCACAGAGAGUAUCACAGAGUAGGUGACCACAACCCGCUGAUCCUAACCCUCCUCUACUUCAGGACUACAACAUCUCCCUAAAGAACUACAACCCCCACAGAGUAUCACAGAGAAGGUGACCACCAUCACUAUGGACGUCACAACCCCCUGAUCUCAACCCUCCUCCGCUUCAGGACUACAACUCAACGUCUCCCUAAAGGACUACAACCCCCAGGGUUCCGAGCGGAGCAGCCAUGAGCGCGGAGACCCAGGUGAAGUGUGUGCUGGUGGGGGACAGUGCUGUCGGGAAGACGGCCCUCCUGGUUCGCUUCACCUCAGAGACCUUCCCUGAGUGCUACAAACCAACUGUGUACGAGAACACUGGAGUGGAGGUCUUCAUGGACGGGGCUCCGAUCAACCUGGGUUUGUGGGACACGGCAGGAAAUGACACGUUCAGACAGAUCCGUCCGAUGUCCUAUCAGCAGGCGGAUGUGGUCCUGAUCUGCUACUCCGUGGCCAACGCCGCCUCCCUCGCCAGCGUCAAGCACAAGUGGCUGGUAGAGGUGCGUGACAACCUUCCCCGUGUCCCGGUGCUGGUGGUGGCCACCCAGACGGACCAGCGUGACUCCGGGCCUCACAGCGCCUCCUGCUCCUCCGCCGCCGAGGGCAAACGUCUCGCUCAGGACAUACGGGCCAAGGGAUACCUGGAGUGCUCAUCGCUAAGCAACCGCGGCGUGCAGCAAGUGUUCGAGUGUGCGGUGAGGACAGCGGUGAACCAGGCCAGGAAACGGACGCGUCCGCGGAUGUUUGAUAUCAACAGCUGCGUGGUGUUUUGACCUCUGAACCUCUGAACCUUUUGGGG